AUGUGCAGCUCCGAUAUCUUCCUCGGCCUCCUGGCCAUCAUCUUCCCUCCUUUGCCUGUAUGGAUCAAGUGCGGUAUUUGCUCCGCUGACAGCAUCAUCAACAUUCUCCUCUGCAUGCUAGCUUACAUUCCGGGACUCCUUCACGCGUGGUACAUCAUCGCCAAAGUUCCUGAUGAUUAUGAGUACUCGAAUGUGCCAGAUGCCGAGCGCGGCCAUCAGGUCUUUGUGAUACAUACCACCGAUGGCCGGCAGCAACAGCAACAGCCACAGGCUCAGCAACCACAGCGCCAACCAAAGCCUCAGCACCAGCCGGGCAUGAACUAUGGCACGGCAAGAAACCAAGGCAAUGGCUCCUCGUCCACGGCCGCUCAGGCUGGAAGCAGUACCCAGAAUGAGUACGAGCCUGCUCCGCCAUCAUAUGCAGACGCUGUCAAGGGCGACCACAAAGUCCAGACACAUGAGUAG